CAAAGGGUAGUCAGUAUUGGCGCGUAUAUCGUAAAGGUCCUUUCCUUUGCUUUCCAAUGAGUUUGCAGCUGAAAGCAGCGAAUCCUAACCCUAAUGAGAACGCAAAGAAGGGGCAAACUAUUGAUCUCGGAAAUGGUAGUGAAGUCGUGUAUGUACAGAGGUUCAUGGCAUACGAUGAGGCCUGGAGAUUGUUUGAUUACCUCGACAAACAGAUUCCGUGGACCAGACCCACUAUUCGCGUCUUCGGUCGAUCCUGCGUCCAGCCUAGAGACACCUGUUAUAUAGCGAGCGCAGGAUUACCAGAAUUGGCUUACAGUGGAUAUCAACCGCAUCCCUAUUCUUGGGAUGAUUUUUCUCCACUCACAGAAAUCCUGAAGUUGGUCCAAAAAGUACUACCUGGAAGUAGAUUUAACAGCUUACUAUUGAAUAGAUAUAAAGGUGGCAAUGAUUAUGUUGGUUGGCAUGCUGAUGACGAAAAGCUUUAUGGGUCAACUCCAGAGAUUGCCUCAGUUUCCUUCGGAUGUGAUCGCGAAUUCGUGUUGAAGAAGAAACCCAGUAAAUCAUCUGGAGGAGAAAAAAGAUCUGAUGGCGAACCUGAAAGCAAGCGCUUAAAGAAGAGCAGUGAUGCUAAUCAGCACUCCUUCAUGCUUAAACAUGGUUCAUUAUUGGUUAUGAGAGGCUACACUCAACGGGAUUGGAUACACUCAGUACCAAAGCGUGCAAAAGCAGAAACGACUCGGAUCAACCUCACCUUCAGGCUUGUUCUUUGAUGGAUUCUCAGCAGGAAAUGUCAAUGGCGUAAUGUUGUUUGGCUUGUAAUUGCCUUUUUGUGUCUAUUGAAUUAUAAUCCAUACUACGAGAUUUUGGAGGAAAGAAAUCCAGCUGUAGUACCGUCUGUAAUCCUUCAAAGACAUCAGAGAACGUAAUGUUAUAGCAAAACGUUCUAACUGAUGGUUGUAUGAUAGGCUUUUUCGUGAGACUUCACAACUAAAGUUUAUGUCCUUUCUCUCGGCCAUUUUCAUAGAAGUAUGGAAUAUUUAUCAUUUCUAUUCGAACA